AUCUGCACGUAAUUUUUAGAGUGAAAACAUGGAUGCUACAGCUGCUUUGAAUAGCAUGGAGAGCACAAUUUCUGACCAGGAACAAGAAGGAAAUGCUCGCAAUCACCCUCACCCUGGGAAAGGCAAGAGGAUGUCGAAGGUUGGUGGUAGAGGCAAACCUGGUGAAAACCGAAGGCCAAGGCCAAGCGGUAGACAACUGAUCCAGGAGGGAGUACAGGAGCUUAGAGAGCUCGUUCCAAAUGGUACAGAGGUUGAGCAAUCUACUAUAGGUUGUUCAAAUAACAAAGGUCAUGAUAGAUGCAUUGCCGAGCAAGCAGUAAGUAUUAUCGGUUAAGGCCAAAAAAAUAUACACAAUAUACUAUACAUUGCCGAGUUCUUUCCUCUAUUUUAGGCCAAGAACCCUUCCCUGUUAAAGACAUGAUAAAUAAUAUCAAAACACACACAUGUUAUAC